AUGGCCCGACACCUCGACCUCUCUAAAGCGCGCGCAAUGGUGCGCUCCUUCGACGACCCGUGGGCGUACCGUCUCGGUCCGGCUCUGCUAUCGCCCCUCAGAUAUCCCAUCGACCUCUGGCCGCCUCCGCCUUCGCCACAAGCUGAUGUGACGGGACGUUUUCCUCUGACAGCGCUGGCAGCCGAUGCACUCACAAUCAGAGCGAGCGUCAUGAGUCUCACACCAGAUGACACUGUGUCGCCGCCCAGCGCCGGAUUGGAGAGCGACUGGAGAGUUCAGACGGCGAUGCGAAUGGAGCUCCACACGGCGCGCAGUGUGCGCAUGUCCAGCCUCUCAAACACACCUACCAAGCUCCAGUCGUGCGAGUCGACUCAAAUGGAGGACAGUGAAAUCCUAGUGACGCCUCUCCCCCGCAUCUCGACUCCCACUGACCUCGACACGAACCUCGACACCUCAGCCCUGCACACAGUCAGCCAGCGCUCGUCGCCUCCCUCAAGUCCCAGCCUCGCAGGAUCGGUACAUACCUCGCUCGACCUCACCGUGGAUGGAAUUGAGACGCCAACAUUCUACACCCUCCCGCCUGACCCCCUCGAUGCUCUGGAAGCGCUCGAAGCACUUGCGGCUCUGCAGCCCCUCUGUCCCGACACAAUCGGGGAGGAACACUUGGACCCCAUUGAAGCACUGCUCUGGUCGCCUCGACACGAUGAAGUCCAUCCCUUUAGGGCCCUACCCCGCGCGGCGCAGUACACGUCAAAGCGCGGGGACAGCGGCCGCCCACCGCCGGGCUGA